UGCCUACCCAUCACCCAAUCACCAGGUUCCGUCGUCUGCUCACUUUCGUCCAUCUCGAAUCACUCGACAAGCAUGGCGACUACUUCAAUGGAUUACGAGGCCGCCAACGGCGACCGUUACGAUGACGAGGCUCCUCGUUAUGAGCGUGACAACAGAAGCGCCUCCCCCCGUCCUGCGCGCGACGACACUGGCAGCCGUCGCCGAUCCAUGUCUCCGCCCGGCCUUCCUGACGUCAACAUCAAAGAUGCACCCGCUCCCAAGGAGGAUGACGAUGGUGCCAUUAACCCCGGCUCCAACCUCUUUGUCACCGGAAUCCACCCUCGCCUGUCCGAGGCAGAGGUCUCCAAGAUGUUUGAGAAGUAUGGUGAGGUUGAGAAAUGCCAAAUCAUGCGGGACCCUCACACCAAGGAAUCCCGUGGAUUCGGAUUCGUCAAGAUGGUCACCUCUGAACAGGCCGAGGCUGCCAAGGAAGGUCUCCAGGGCGAAGUGAUUGAAGGCCGUACCAUGAGCAUUGAGAAGGCCCGUCGUGCUCGCCCUCGCACUCCCACACCUGGCAAGUACUUCGGCCCUCCCAAGAGAGACCCUCGCUCUCGCUUUGAUGAGCGCCGACGCGGCGGCUACGGCGGCGGUGGUUAUUCUCGUGAUGACUACUACCGAUACCGUGGCAAUGAAAGAGGUUAUGACCGCAACUAUGAACGCGGAUACGAACGACGUGGAUAUGAAGAACGUAGCGGUGGCGGUGGCAGUGGCAGUGGCGGCUACGAUCGCAACUACCGAGAUGAUCGACGAUACGAGGAGCGUGGCUACGGAGGAAGAGACUCCGAGCGCAACUACGACCGCAACUACGAGCGCCGUGAGCGCGGCGGCGACGACAACUACGGUCGCGAGCGCUACCGUGAGGACCGUGGAGAGCGCGGCGAGCGCGGUGACCGCUACGGCGCUCGUGGCGGCAACAGCAGCGGCGGAUACGACCGCGAUCGAUAUGAGCGCACCGCUGACCGAGACGCUGGCCGAUCCCGAGAGCCUGCCGCCAGCAGUGGCCCAGCAUACGGCGAGCCUGCCUCACGACCUGAGGCACGUGAGUCAUACGGAGGUCCCGAGUCGACUAUGCACUGAUGAUGCCGUCGAUUCCGACUGCUCUUUAUCGAUCUUUGACGAACAAGACAUCAUUGUCAUUAAUGGACUGCCUGUUGCUGCUUUUUUCUUUUUCCUAUUUUCUAGUUGUUCUUGUUUUAUUUGUCUUGUCCACAGUUUGUCAAUCGACCUCCGUGGACAGCUGUGGACUCUUCGUCAGGAUCUCAAUUAGGAGUUUCGUGCGAUAUGCGACUGCUAAGGGAGGGAAAACAAAAUCGGGUUUUCGGCCGUCGCCGCUGAUAUUUACAUUUUUCUUGCUGGUCGGUCUUGCGGCUACAGAGUUGCGCAUUGGCCGUUUAUGGGCAGCUUCCGGAUCUUGCAAAAUCAAACACUUCCAUCACUCGUCACGUUGCGCUACAACAUCUUGAUACCGUUAACAACCUUUUCACAACAGCCCAACAAAUAUCAACCCCAGGCGCCCU